AUGGAUCUCCUCGCGCGGGCGACGCGCGCGCGACAGCGCGUCCUCGCGGUGUUCAACGCGCGGCAGUCGGACUUCGAGAGCCUGCGCGCGUGGAACGAUCACCUCGAGCGGGUGGAGGAAUUGAUCUUCAACCUCACGGAGGGCGUCGACGCGAGCGCGACGGAGAGCGCGAUCGCGGAGCACAAGCGACGGAACGCGAGCGAGAUCGCGCGGUACGCGGCGCGCGCGCGAGACGAGGGACGCGCGGCGAUGGGGGAGACGGCGGAGGCGAUGGACGCGGGGGAGGGGUACGCGCCGGAGACGGCGAACGGAGACGUCGUCGCGCAGCCGGUGCCGACGAGCGCGGUGCGACGAGGGUUGGAGAAAACGAGCUUGGAUUACGAUGAAAACACAGAGGAGGGAAGGAAGGCGCGGGCGGCGGCGAUCGCGAGGGCGUGCGGGUUCGACGGGCGAGCGGUGGCGAAGGCGCGGUGUCUGCGAGAGGCGUUCGCGACGAUUUGGGCGUAG